UGAAAAAGAGGGCUGAUGCAUCGCUGUUUAAAAUACCAGUUUUGUAAUUGCUUUCAGUUUCAGUUGUAGGCCAAGUAUUCUUGGAUGUAAUUUUGUUUUUUUUUGUUUUUAAACAGGGCUGCUGUGAGAUAACAAAUCGUUCGGUAUUUUCAUGAAGUCUGAUAAAAGUUACUAAACUAUGUUUUUUGCUUUUCUUGCAGGUGCACAGUUUGCCUGUCAAACUGGGAAUAUAAAGCAGUGGAAUGAAAUGUAUUGAAAUCUUUUUACCUGUGUGAUACAUUUUUUUCAUCAGUUGUUUGGAGGGGGGGUAUUGGAAAACAUGAACCAGAAGUAGGAAAUACUCAUGUUUGAAAAAAGAAGAGCAAUUUGGGGCCAAAAACGUGUAUGCUAUGAUUAACUGGUCCUCAUUCUCCGAUCAUCUGUUUUCCCGUUGUGCGAAACUCCUUCAGCAUAGGGAUAAGGGAUAACGACUCUAUGGAUAUAAAGAAUUUUUCACCAUGGUAAAACUCGCUAACCCGCUGUACACUGAGUGGAUUUUGGAGGCAAUUAAAAAGGUCAAGAAGCAAAAACAACGGCCAUCAGAAGAGAGGAUAUGCAAUGCUGUGUCUUCAUCCCAUGGUUUGGAUCGCAAAACUGUUCUGGAACAGUUGGAACUGAGUGUUAAAGAUGGAACUAUUUUAAAAGUUUCCAAUAAAGGACUUAACUCCUAUAAGGAUCCAGAUAACCCUGGGCGAAUAGCACUUCCUAAACCUCGGAACCAUGGAAAGUUGGAUGGUAAACCAAAUGUGGACUGGAAUAAACUGAUUAAACGGGCAAUUGAGGGCUUGGCAGAAUCCACUGGCUCAUCCUUGAAGAACAUUGAACGUUACUUGAAAGGGCAGAAGGAUGUGUCAGCUUUGUUUGCCAGCAGUGCUCCUUCUACCUUUCACCAGCAGUUGCGGUUGGCUGUUAAGCGUGCUGUUGGCCAUGGCCGACUCCUUAAGGAUGGACCUUUGUAUCAACUCAAUACUAAAGCAGCCACAAAUGCAGAUGGGAAAGAGAGCUGCGAGUCUCUUUCUUGUCUUCCUCCAGUAUCACUCCUUCCACAUGAAAAAGAUAAGCCAGUUGCUGAACCAAUCCCCAUCUGCAGUUUCUGCCUUGGUACAAAAGAACAAAACCGAGAAAAGAAACCCGAGGAGCUCAUCUCUUGUGCUGAUUGCGGUAAUAGUGGUCAUCCAUCCUGCUUGAAGUUCUCCCCAGAAUUAACGGUUCGGGUGAAGGCUUUACGAUGGCAGUGCAUUGAGUGCAAGACAUGCAGUUCCUGUCGAGAUCAGGGCAAGAAUGCUGAUAAUAUGCUAUUUUGUGACUCAUGUGAUCGGGGCUUUCAUAUGGAGUGUUGUGAUCCUCCUUUGACCAGGAUGCCAAAAGGCAUGUGGAUAUGUCAGAUAUGUCGGCCACACAAAAAAGGAAGAAAACUACUCCAUAAAAAGGCAGCACAGAUUAAGCGGCGUUACGCCAACCCAAUAGGACGUCCCAAAAACAGAUUAAAGAACCAAAAUGCAACAUCAAAAGCCCCCUUCAGCAAAGUUCAAACGGGACCUGGUCGGGGCCGUAAGCGUAAGACUCCCCUAUCCAGUCAGUCAACUUGCUCAUCAGAAGGGGGUUACUUGGAGCAAGUCGAUGGUCUGGAAUUCUGCGGGGAUGCCAGCAUCACCUUGAAAUUCAACAAGAAAACCAAAGGGCUUAUUGAUGGCCUUACCAAAUUCUUCACCCCGUCCCCUGAUGGGCGUAAAGCUCGAGGAGAAGUAGUGGACUACUCUCAGCAAUAUAGGAUCAGGAGAAAGGACAAUAGGAAAUCAAGCACUUCAGAUUGGCCCACAGACAAUCAGGAUGGCUGGGAUGGAAAACAAGAAAAUGAAGAGUGGCUUCUAGGAGGCCCAGAUGUCAUGGCAGAGAAAGAUAUGGAGUUGUUCAGAGACAUUCAGGAACAAGCACUGCAGAAAGUAGGAGUGACGGGAGCACCUGACCCCCAAGUCCGUUGCCCGUCAGUCAUUGAGUUUGGAAAAUAUGAAAUCCACACCUGGUAUUCUUCUCCAUACCCGCAAGAAUAUUCCAGGUUGCCCAAGUUGUAUAUUUGUGAAUUCUGUCUCAAAUAUAUGAAAAGCAGAACUAUUCUCCAGCAGCACAUGAAGAAAUGUGGAUGGUUUCAUCCCCCAGCCAAUGAAAUUUACAGAAAGAGUAAUGUUUCAGUUUUCGAGGUGGAUGGCAAUGUCAGUACUAUUUACUGCCAGAACUUAUGUCUAUUGGCAAAACUCUUCCUGGACCAUAAGACACUCUAUUAUGAUGUGGAGCCAUUUCUUUUUUAUGUGCUGACGCAAAAUGAUGUGAAGGGUUGCCACCUCGUUGGCUACUUCUCCAAGGAGAAGCACUGCCAGCAGAAAUACAACGUUUCCUGCAUAAUGAUUCUUCCCCAGUACCAACGCAAGGGCUACGGCAGAUUCCUCAUUGACUUUAGUUAUCUCCUAUCAAAGCGUGAAGGCCAGGCAGGAUCCCCAGAGAAGCCAUUGUCUGAUUUGGGUCGUCUCUCCUACAUGGCGUACUGGAAAAGCGUAAUCUUGGAGUGCCUUUAUAACCAAAACGACAAGCAGAUCAGCAUCAAGAAGUUGAGCAAACUGACCGGCAUCUGCCCCCAGGACAUCACCUCGACUCUGCAUCACCUCCGCAUGCUUGAUUUCCGUAACGAUCAAUUUGUGAUUGUUAGGCGGGAGAAACUUAUCCAAGACCAUAUGGCAAAGCUGAAACUGAACAUCCGGCCUGUAGUCGUGGAUCCAGAAUGUCUGCGCUGGACUCCUGUCAUUGUCUCAAACUCGGUGGUUUCGGAGGAUGAAGAAGAUGAUCCUGAAGAAGCAGAAAUCGAUGUCCCACAGCAGCCACGGGAGAGAGACAUUGAGGUAAUAAAAUGUGUCUCCUGGGAGAGGAAAGAGCGAGAGUCCUGCUUUCUGCUGGAAACUGAAAAAAAACCAGAGGUCCCUCCCGUCAAUGCCCUGCGGGCUGGCAAGCAAAGUCUUCCCCUGAGCGGUCUUCCUGCCAACAGCCACACGCCGCGCAGGGGCCGGUGGAGCCGGAAGAACAAAAAGCUGCGGGAGUCCUGCACUGAGAAUGACCCGAAGCUGAUCUUGGAGGAGAAGUCAGCAAUGGCCAGGGGGGGCCGUUGCGGCGAGUGCCAAGAAAAGGCGGCCGCGGCCGCGGCGGCAGCAGCAGCAGCGGCUUCUCGAGGGAGAUUUGGGGACAGCGAAGAGAAGAUGGCUUCCUCCCAGGGACAGUGUGGCAAAUGUGAGGAAAAGACCCCGACUCCGCGAGGGCACUUUGGGAAAGAGGAAGAAAAGCCUGUCUCCUCCCAAGGGCAGUUUGGCAAGGGCGAGAAGCCCUCCAUCUCCCAGAGGCGGUGCAGCGAAGGCAUGGAGGUGUGGAAAGGUCAGCUGAAAGCCCUCGAGCCCCUGAAAAGCAGGCUCUCCGAGCAGUGCGACAGGAUAGCCCGGCGGCACAGCGAGGGCGACCGUGCGUUGCUGAGGCAUUUCAGCGAGAGUAGCGAAGACGAAGACGAGGAGCCGGCCAGCCCCUGCUCCAGUUCCCCGCCGGUUCUCACCAAGCCAGCGCUGAAACGGAAGAAGCCCAUUCCCCGGAAGAGACGGGUCCGUAAGCGAAAGUACCACAACAGCAGCGUGGUUACCGAAACGAUCUCAGAAACGACAGAGGUCCUGGAUGAGCCGUUUGAGGACUCUGAUUCUGAGAGGCCCAUGCCUCAGCUGGAGCCCACCUUUGAAAUGGAAGAUGAGGAGGAGGAUGAAGAAAGCGAAUUGUUCUCUCAAGGAUAUCUUCGCCGUCUCUCUCCACAGGAUUCCCUUAGGCAUAGGCCCUCCUUAAAAAGAGGAGAUCAAGAAGGAGAGGAAUCAGAUGAUACAGCUGAUUCUCCUACUUUGAAACCAGUUUCUAUGCUGAGAAAAUGUGAAGCGAUAGAUUCUCCACUCCAGCCUGGCACUUCUACCCCCAUGAAAAAGAAGAAGGGCUGGCCCAAGGGUAAGAGCCGCAAGCCCAUUCACUGGAAGAAAAGGCCUGGGCGCAAGCCAGGCUUUCAACUGAGGAGGGGAAAAGUUCUAGCAUCUGCUUCAGAGGAGACCACAGAUCACAUGGAAGCCACUUUGAAAUCAGGGCGUAAAACAAAAGUGCAGGAAAAGGAAGAGCUGGUUGAACAGAAGGAAGAACUUCUGCCUAGUGCUGAAGAAAGGAAAGAUGAAGAUGGGCCUCCAGAAGUAGGUGAUUUGGGAGAAGAGGAAGAUAUACCUACUAGAGAAGUGAGAGCAAUGUCUCCUGUAGACAGCAGUAACAGCCCAGGAAUGGAAUCUAAAGAACCUGAACUGGAGGAAGACGUAGAGAAGCCUCAAGUCCUAGAAGAGCAGAGGCCGUCUGAAGAAGAGCAGCAGGAAGUUGAAGAACCUGAGCAUGACCAGGAAGAGGAAGAAGAGGAAGUUGCAGCAGUAGCUAACCAGAAUGAAGAUCAUGAUGCAGAUGAUGAAGAAGAUGAUGGCCAUGUGGAGUCUGUCAAAAAGAAUGAGCUGGAAGAGCAGGCAGAAAAGGAGGUACUGAAGGAAGAACCAGAGGUCCAGGAGCCUUUUUUAGAAACAAGCACAGAGGACGGUAGAGAAGAUGAUGCCAAGAAUAAGAGUGAAGGAGAGGCAGAUUCUGAGGAGGAUCAGAUAUCCCAUGAGACAUCAGUAGGGUCAGACCCAGUUCCUGGUUCUGAAGAUGACCAAGAAGAAGAGCAGCAUCCUAAGGAAGGGUUAAUUGAGCUCAAGGAAGAAGAGCCGAUCCCUCACAGUGAACUGGAUCUUGAAACUGUCCAAGCAGUGCAGUCCUUGACCCAAGAGGAAGAAAACCACGAGCACGAUGUGGCUUACCAGGACUGUGAGGAGACCCUGGCUGCUUGCCAGAAUCUGCAGAGCUAUACCCAAGCUGAAGAGGACCCGCAGAUGCCGAUGGUUGAAGACUGCCAGGCCUCAGAACACAACAGCCCCAUCUCCUCUGUCCAGUCUCACCCCAGCCAGUCUGUGCGCUCGGUCAGCAGCCCCAGCGUGCCUGGCACCCUGGAGAGCAGCUACACGCAGAUCAGCCCAGAGCAAGGCUCUCUUUCCGCACCUUCUAUGCAGAACAUGGAGACCAGCCCCAUGAUGGAUGUGCCUUCGGUGUCGGACCACUCCCAGCAGGUGGUGGACAGCGGCUUCAGCGACCUCGGCAGCAUCGAGAGCACCACCGAGAACUACGAGAAUCCCAGCAGCUACGACUCCACCAUGGGGGGCAGCAUCUGCGGCAACAACUCCUCGCAGAGCAGCUGCUCCUAUGGAGGGCUCUCCUCCUCCAGCACCCUCACCCAGAACAGCUGCGUCGUCACCCAGCCGAUCGCGAGCUUGGGCAGCAGCUGCAGCCUCGGGCCGCAGGGCAGCGUCCAGCCCACCGCCAGCUGCAAUAUCAAGUCUCCCCAGAGCUGCGUGGUCGAGAGGCCCCCGAGCAACCAGCAACCCGCGGCCAUCUACGAGAGGCUCCCCGGCGACUUUGGGGCCGGCGGAUACUCCCAGCCCUCGGCCACUUUCAGCCUAGCCAAGUUGCAGCAGCUGACCAACACGAUUAUGGACCCCCACGCCAUGCCUUACAGCCAUUCUUCUGCUGUGACUUCCUAUGCAACCAGCGUGUCUUUGUCGAACACGGGCCUAGCUCAGUUGGCCCCAUCGCACCCCCUAGCCGGGGCGGCCCAAGCACAAGCCACCAUGACCCCCCCGCCAAACCUGGCCUCCACCACCAUGAACCUUACUUCGCCCCUCCUCCAGUGUAACAUGUCCACCACCAAUAUCGGCAUUCCCCACACCCAGCGGCUGCAGGGCCAGAUGCCGGUCAAGGGGCACAUUUCCAUCCGGUCGAAGUCGGCCCCCCUGCCCUCCGCGGCUGCCCACCAGCAGCAGCUCUAUGGCCGCAGCCCUCCCGCCGUGGCCAUGCAGGCCAGUCCCCGGGCAUUGGCUGUUCAGCGUGGCAUGAAUAUGGGGGUGAAUCUGAUGCCCACGGCCCCUUACAAUGUCAACUCCAUGAAUAUGAAUACCCUGAACGCGAUGAACAGCUACCGGAUGCCCCAGCCCAUGAUGAACAGCAGUUACCAUAGCAACCCCGCCUACAUGAACCAGACCGCCCAGUAUCCUAUGCAGAUGCAGAUGGGAAUGGUGGGGAGCCAGGCCUAUCCCCAGCAGCCCAUGCAGCCCAACCCCCACGGGAACAUGAUGUACGCUGGCCCUCCCCAUCACAGCUACAUGAACGCCGCCGGGGUCCCCAAGCAGUCUCUCAACGGACCCUACAUGAGGAGAUGAGCAAGACGCCCCCGAAACUUCUCGCUCCAUCAAGGAACCUUUUAUACUGACAAAGCAGAGACAAUGGACCUUUUUCCAGUUAAAUAUUGCUGUAGAUCUUAGAUAGGGUUUUGUUCCCUUUUGGUUUAUUUUAUUAUUUUAUUUUAUUUUUUUAGGGGGCCUGGUCUUUUAUUCUUUUCUUCUUUGUGGGGCGGGGGGCGGGGUUGGUUCUCUUGUUUGGCAUCUUGGUUUUCCCUUCCACAAUCUGGAAACGCUUCACCGUUCAGACCCAUUUUGGGAACUGGGCUUUGGGAUUCUUUUUCUCUUUCUUUUUUGUCGGGGGGCGGGAGGGGGAUUGAAAACGUGCACACCGUUAUUCCCGUCAUCGAACAAAGAGCCUUACUUUGCCAACGACCACCCGGGCAGAGUCCGCGUAAAACAGGCCUCUCGUUUUUAGACGCUGGUCUCUUUCUCCCCUUGUCCCUUGUGCACAGCUCUGAAGGUGGCCCAACCUCAAAAGGUCAGACCCUUCCCAUCUUUCUGUGCCCUCAACAGGCAGCUCUGUUGCAGGAACUGGGAGUGGUGCACGGAGCCCAAAGCAAACUUUCGGAGCCUCUUUUGCCCUUUCCCCCAGAUAUAGGAACUCUGAAUAGUUUAUAUUUUCUUCUCUCUCUCCUCUUUCUCUUUCUCUUUCUCUUUCUCUUUCUCUUUCUCUCUCUCUCCUUGGGUGAAAUGAAAUACGGUUUAAAUGUAACUGAAGUGCACCCAUUGCAUAUAUCCAAGCAGGAACCAUGUAGUCUAGUCCAGCCGAGUACAGCCAAAACGUGGGGUAGGAGAAACGGAGUUCUCGAGGCCUGGAGGUCAACCCAAAACCCAGCGGCUGGACUUUGCAUGGUGAAUCUGCUGGAGGAUUAAGUUCCUAGAGGCACUUGUGCAAGGCCGUCCCACCCCUGGAAGUUGGGAUGUACAUUUAAAUGGCUGUCGCAGUCGCUUCACGUAUAUAUUUUUAAAUUUUUGCUGGCCUGGUUCUAGCAUGUGGGGAGAAAGUGCCAGAGGUAGGACUUCGUCCUCCCGGCACCCCCCGCCUUCCCACCCCCUUCGCCUCCCUAGCAUCUUUGGAGAUUCACUAGCUGGGGUUUUUCCACAUUGCCUUGUGUGUGAGCAUUUUGGGGGGGGGGCGCGGGAGGAUCCCCACAUUGCAGUCCAUCGUACUGAACCAUGAAGGACGCAAGGCCUGCGGGCACGCCAUCCGCCGAUUACGAGGAGGAGAAAAUGUAGCUUAUCCUUCUAAUGUAAAGUUUUCUCUGUAUAUUCCUGUAGAGCUACAGACGCACUUAGAUGGACUUAGAUGUGUAAAGAUUUUUUUUUUCUUUCAAAGAAACCUGAAAGGCAGUUUGGAAGGGCCAGAGCUUCAGCUGCACUCGAACGGACUUCCUCUGUACCCUUGAGUAUAGAAAGGCAGAAUCCUUUGGGCUUCCAGCCCUCGUUUUCUCUGAAUUCUUGAGCAUGUGUACAAGGCUGUGUAGGACCCAGGACCCUGUAAAUAUCCACCGAUCCAGGCUCACUUCAUCUGUGUUGAAAGGUGACCCAGCCCGUCCCCUUCGUCCCAGAUCCUCCGCGUUGGCAUUGCUUGCUAGCUGCAGAUGGGUAGGGGGCUGGUUGGUUGGGGUGUCGAAAGCAAAGCUGUUGGCACGAGGGCCGUAAAAUUAUUAUAUAUAUAUAUUUUUUUUUUCCCGUCUGCUGUUACCUUUUUUUCCCCCCCAGUUUUGGAUUUUUCUUUUCUUCUUUUUUUAAUCAAUUGGGCAGCUCCCUUUUUUCCACAAACCUUUGUGACUGUAGAGCUAUUGUAGAGAACCGAUGUUCUUUUCUAUAUUAAAAAAAAAAAAAAAAAAAAAGUAUCCAA